GGUAUAUGUAUCACUAUAGAUAGUAUUACAGGGGCUUCUGAGUAGUAAAGAUGUGCUAGCCCGCGACUAGAUUGAAACUUUGAAACCUAUAUAUCAACAUAAUUUUGUACGCUCUUCUAGCUAGCUAGCUUCUAUAUAUUUUUACAUACUAUAGUACAUACAAUAAUAUCGCCAUACUUAUAUUGUGUACGAACAGAAAUCUAGAAUAGAAACUAGAAACUAAAAACAAAUAGAGAAAAAAAACAAUAAAAUCGAACUGAAGGCAAAAUAGAGUCGGUGAGCGGUGAAAAGGUGUGUCUGGAGGAAUGCAGCGCUGUCCCUAUCUGCAUGAAAUGCGAGAACGUCUGCUCGAUCAACCCCGAGAAACACUUCAGCUGGAACAAAUGGAGCGCGCUAACUUACUGGACAAUCGCCAGUCGGCAUCCGAAUCGAAUCAGCUACAAGGGGACGGCUAUCACACAAGUCCUGCACAUCAGCGGACCCCACUAGUGCCGCACGAUCUGGGUGAGGACUUCAAUUUGGAUUUUGAUGAUGACUUUCCAAUUGAUGCGCGACGACCAAAAAAUGCCAAGGUUUGCUACACAUUCAAGCCAAAUCCAAAUAAGCACAGUUUUAUGCCAGCGAAUAUAACGGUGCAGGGCACAUAUCAAACCAAUCCAAUAACGGGACCAAUCGAACUAUGGACAUCGCUCUUCAUUGUAACCAGUCUGGUAUAUGCGAUUCUUCUGAUUGUUGUGUGCAUUGCAUACGUCAUCAGCGAUGUGACCACACAUCGUCUGCCGGUGCUCUAUUACGAGACAUUCUUCACGUAUCUAUACGGAACCAGCAUUCUCUUCCUGUUGUAUGUCUUCUGUUUUCUGCUGCAAGAGAGUUCUUGCUGUAAUGGCGGCAAUGGCAGCAGCAACAAACCGAAACCACAACCCAAGGAGAAGAAAUCGAAGAAAACAAAGAACCCGGAUCCAGCCGAUUCGAAGGAUGCGAAGGGCUCAAAGGACUCUGGCAAAGCUGGCAAAGGCGCCGCAUAUCAGGAAGCACCACCCGUUGAUGCCGAGGUGGCUGUUACACCAAAGAAUGUACGAAAACGCAAGACCACACACAGCGAUCCCACACAUGGCAGCUUCUUUCUGCGCGUCGGUGCCAUCGCUUUUGGCCUGGGCGCCAUGAUCUACAUUGGCCUCGAGUUUGGCUCGUUCUUUGAGAUACCAUUCGAUUCGCCGUGCCAUCACAUCCUAAUUGGCGUCAAUCCGUUGCUGCAAAUGAUCUUCACCUUCAUGCAAAUGUACUUCAUAUUCAUGAACGCACGGCUGAACAUACAUCGCUUUAAGGUGAUCGCACGCUUCGGCCUCAUGCAUGUGGUGGCCACCAACAUAUGCGUGUGGAUACGCACACUGGUCAAGGAGUCCCUGCUGGAGAUCACGAUCUAUCAUCAGAAGCGCGAGGCCGACCCAGAUGCCUCCUCCAUCGCCCAUUCAAUACGCCAACAUGCUUUACGUCAUGCCGGCACUGUGCUGCGCACCCAUGCGGGCCCCAACACCGAAUUCGAGGUCCUGGAUGGCGAGGAUCUGCUGCCGAAGAAUGUGUACAAGAGCGACAAUGUGCUGUCCAAGCUAGUACGCAAUACGGUCGAUGGCAUCUCGAAGAGUCUGGGCAUGGGCUCCAGCGAUGUGGUUAGCAGCAGCAGCACCACCACAACCACCAGUACACGCGCGCCGUACACCACCCCUGGCUAUCAAUGGCACAGCACUACUAUGGCACGCAAGCUGAAGAAGUUUAUCACUAGCACCACCGCCGCGACCAGCAGCAGCAUCAGUACCACCGCCAGCACCACACUGAGCAGCGCAACAAGCACUAGCACCGCUGCAUCACCAUUGGCUAAUGGGGGCUAUGCCUAUGCCACAACCACGACCACCGAAUCGCCCUUCAACGGCUUCCAGCGCACCUUCUCCAGCGCUGCUUCAAACAUACCCUUGAACAGCGGCAACAAUUUCGGCGUUGAUUCGUCCACCGCGCCCGCUGCUGCCUCCGGCGAUGGAUCCACCGCUGGCAAUUUGGGCACCGGCCUAUCCUCAUUUUUCAACAAUCUGGUCUCGUCGACGCCCAGCGCGGUCGUCAGCUCCAGCACGCCGUCCACCACCACCGAGGGCGCCGUCAACGUUAUGAACAAUCUGUUUGGACCGGGCAUGGAGAACAGCUUCCAGACAUACUCGGAUAUAUCGCAUGAUGAGUCCAACGGCCUAGUGGCCUUUGAAAAUCUGGAGAGCCUGGACAAUAUAUAUCCGGCCGCGCUCUCCUCAAACAUUGCCACACUGAACUCAACGGCCUGUGGACGCAUCGAUAUUAUGGGAACCAUUGUGUACGAUUCGGCGCCCUAUUUGUAUCCUUUCAUUAUUGAAUACUCGCUUAUUGGCGCUGUGGUGCUGUACGUCAUGUGGAAGCACAUCGGUCGCUAUCCGGGCCGCAUGAACGAUGAGGAUCUGGAACACCGGCUGGAGGUGAUGCUGUCACGACGGGCCGUCGCCAUGGCGCAGCAGGCACGCUCGGGUCGCGUCGACUGUGUGGGCUCGUCGAAGGGACUGUUCUUUGGUCUGUUGUUGUUGGUCGGCGCGCUCAUUUGCUUGAUACUCUUCUUCGUCUUGGUGCGUCAUCAGCAGUUCUCUCUGUUGGCCAUUUAUCUGGCCGAUGCCAGUCACUGUAUUCUCAUGGCAUUCGCAAUACUCGCCAUUAUUAUCGGCUUCAUCAGGGUUAAGAAUCUGAAAUUCCGCUGUGAGGAGCAAUCAAAUCUAAACGACAUCUUGCUGCGCAUCUCGGCCUUUGGCCUGUUCACCUACUCCGUGUUCAGUAUCAUUGCCGGCAGCCUGAAGGUGCUCGAGAGCGAGCCCAGCCUUCUGGUGACGACCACGGGCGGUGUUGCCGUCUUUCAGGUCAUCUUGCAGCUGCUCUUCAUUGCCGAUGUCUCGCGUCGGCGCGUCCAUCUGCCGGAGCACGAUCGCAGCAAGCCCGGACGUCAAAUUGUCACCUUCCUACUCAUCUGCAAUGUGGCCAUGUUCGCCAUCUACACUUUCGAAGCUCAAAAAGUAUUCGCCAAUCCUGUUCAGUUGGAAUUCUAUGGCUUUGUGCCCUGGUCCAUCAUUCAACGCAUCACACUGCCCCUCUGCAUUUUCCAUCGCUUCCAUAGCGCAGUCACACUCGCCGAGAUCUGGAAGACCACCUAUAAGGCGCGCUUGGAGUAAGGAGCCCAUUGCUACAUAGAACAGCAAAUGCAUGGGAAGAAAUAUAAAAUGCACCAAAAAAGAAAAUGUAGCGCGAGGAAACGCAAAGAAAAACAAGUUAAAAGUUAGUUUCUAAAAAUACAUACUUAAAAAAAAUAUAUAUAUAUAUAAA